CAGAUAACUCAGAGUGAGCGGGAUAGAGUGUGGUGCAGAAGAAAGGGAACCAAAAAAUGUCAUCUUUAUCGGCUACUCUGAAUCUCUUAAGACCCUCUCUGGCUCCAUCGCCACCGUCCGUGAGGUUUUUUGGUGUGCGAAACUCUGCCUCUUCUUAUUCUACUUCUCGGAGACUCACUCUCUUUCAACUCGGCUCUGCUCUGCCUCAAUCACAACUGUUAGGUGCAAAAGCAUCUGAGUUGCUAAGAGGAGAGGGAAACCCUUCAGAGGCUGCCCCAGUUGCGAAUUUGGCACAGGCAGGCACCGCUAUUGCCAAGGAAAAUGCACUGGAGUGGGUAAAAAAUGACAAAAGAAGAAUGCUUCAUGUUGUCUAUCGUGUUGGGGACUUGGACAAGACUAUAAAAUUCUAUACUGAAUGUUUGGGGAUGAAGCUGUUAAGAAAACGUGACAUACCUGAGGAUCGAUAUUCGAAUGCUUUUCUUGGAUAUGGACCAGAAGAAUCCAAUUUUGUGGUUGAACUUACAUACAAUUACGGAGUGGACAAGUACAACAUUGGGACUGGUUUUGGCCAUUUUGGCAUUGCACUUGAAGAUGUAACCAAAACCGUGGAACUUAUAAAGGCAAAGGGAGGGAAAGUUACCGAGGAACCUGGUCCUGCUAAAGGUGGCAGCACAAUAGUUGCCUCUGUUGAGGAUCCCGAUGGCUACACGUUUGAGCUUUUGGAGAGAGGGCCUUCACCUGAGCCCUUCCGUCAAGUGAUGCUUCGUGUAGGUGAUCUUGACCGUGCUAUUAACUUUUAUAAGAAGGCUUAUGGGAUGGAACUUCUCCACAAGAGAGAUAAUCCUGAAUACAAGUGUACUGUUGCCGUGUUGGGCUACGGUCCUGAAGAUAAGAACGCAGUGCUUGAACUGACGUACAACUAUGGGAUCACAGAUUAUGACAAAGGAAAUGGUUACGCGCAGAUCGCAAUAGGCACAGAUGAUGUUUACAAGACUGCAGAAGCAAUCAAACUAAGUGGAGGGAAGAUUAUUCUUGAUCCUGGGCCUUUGCCAGGCAUCAACACAAAGAUAACUGCUUGCCUCGACCCUGAUGGCUGGAAAUCGGUCUUUGUUGAUAAUGCUGAUUUUCUGAAGGAAUUAGAGUGAAGAAAAGCAUCACCAACAGCUCAAAAAUUGAGCCCGUGGAAGAUUUGUAACAAUUUUGACUGUACAUUAUCCUAACCUCGUUAUCUUGAAGCAGCCAUGAGAGAACAUAUUAAAACCAAACUUGUAGAUGCAUUACUUUGUAUAAGAUAGUAACAGUUGUUAUAAGUUCCAUUCUUUCCCACCGAAACGUAGAUAUAGAAUUGGAUUCUGAGAUAACUGCACGUUGAUUGUUGUGAAAAACUUAACACGUUCAAUUU